AUGACCAAAAAUGUUGAUGUAAUACGUACGGCUAGUACGCUUCCACAAUUCUUUCAGAACGUCGCUUAUGGCUGCAUCAUUUCAUCAUCAUUUGCAGCUACAUUGGUAUCAAUUUGGAAGCUAUACGCAGAAGACAAAUACCGCCGCUCUUUGACGUCUAGGGAAAGCAUAACCAAAGCAUUCCGCGAUCGGCAUUCUACCCUGUUAACUAUACUUCUUAGUUACUAUAAUAACGAUAGAUUAACCAAAGAUUUGGAUAGGGACGAUCCCGAAAAAGGUACUCCAUUGCUGUUGAAUUCACUCUCGGAUUCACUAGAAAGUCUGAGUAGAUCUGUCCAUGAACUACCAGGUGCUACACCAAUGACUUCAACCGAAUCAUCCAGUAUACUUAGUGAGGAUGUCCAUGAACUCUUACAGGAUCUUUUCAAGCGCACAAACCGAGCAAAACAGGAAAUUAUGCCAGCAGGAAGAUCACCAACUGAAAUUUUACCUUCACAUGUUGAGAGCGCUGUCGAUCUACGUACUGAGAUACGCUCCCUCAAGGGUUUGCUCCUUAAUAGACGUAGUCUCGCUGUUAGAUCACCCUCACCACCUUGA